CAUCAUAUUGUGCAAGUAAGUGAAAUAUAUACAAGUAUUAGUAUUGUGUUCUCCUCAAGAAAAUGAACACUCUCCCUUCUUCACAUCUUCUUUCGAAUAUUCCUCAAUUAUUCAAUAUUACUUCAAAAAAUUCAUUUCCUAAUCCUAAUGUAAACAGAAGGAAUAUCAUUUCUACGGAUAUAAUAAUCUCCUCUCCAUCGUUUCCUCGCAAGCUCCUAAAAUGCAACGUUCAAAGGUUUAAUCUCGUCACCAUAUUGAAUGCCUUAGAUGAAUUCAUAUGCAAAUUUCUUGACUCCCCUCUUCCAACUUGUGUCGAUCCUGGCCACGUCCUCGCCGGAAACUUCGCGCCGACGGACGAGCUUCCGCCGACCUUAUGCGACACUAUCGAAGGCUCCAUCCCGAGCUGCUUAGAGGGCGGAGCGUACAUCCGUAAUGGCCCCAAUCCUCAAUUCAUCCCUAGAGGACCUUACCAUUUCUUCGAUGGCGAUGGGAUGCUUCACAUGAUCAAAUUCUCGAAAGGUAACGAGGCUACGUUUUGUAGCCGCUAUGUCGAGACGUACAAGUAUUUAGCCGAGCGUGAGGUCGGGUACCCUUUCGUCCCGAGCAUUUUUGCUUCCUUCAAUGGCGUUCCGGCCACUGUUGCUCGAUUAGGUCUAAACAUGGCGAGGGUGAUUCUAGGGCAAUUCGACCCGAUGAAUCGUGGAUUUGGCGUGGCGAACACGAGUUUGUCGGUAAUUGGGAAUCGACUCUACGCGCUGUGUGAGUCGGAUCUUCCGUAUGAAGUGAAACUGACGUCGGAAGGGGAUAUUUUAACGGUUGGGCGAAGUGAUUUUUGUAGUGUGGAACCGUUGUUGAGGAUGACGGCGCAUCCGAAAGUCGAUCGUGAAACAGGGGAGGUUUGUGCAUAUAAAUAUGAUGUAGUACCUCCGUAUAUUACGUUUUUUUGUAUCGACUCGGAUGGGAGGAAGCAACGGGAGUUGCCGAUAUAUUCGAUGAAGGAGAUGACGAUCAUCCAUGACUUUGCGGUGACCAAGAGUUAUGUGGUGUUUCCCGAUCUCCAGCUUGUGGUGAAUCCUUGGAAGAUUUUGCGGGGAAAGUCUCCGGUGGGGGUGGAUGCUUGCAAAGUGCCGCGGCUUGGGAUUGUUCCCAAGGAUGCGACGGAUGAGUUUGGGUUGUGGUGGAUUGAUUGUCCGGGGUUGAAUUUGUUGCAUUGUUUUAAUGCUUGGGAAGAAGAUGACGGCGACACUAUAGUGAUGAUCGUGUCUAAUAGUGCAUCGGUGGAGCACGUUCUUGAGAAGAUACAGUCUUCGCCGGAGUUGACGAUGGAGAAGGUCACAAUAAGUGUGAGGAGGAAGACGAUGGAAAGGCGCAGAUUGUGUAGUAGGUCGCUUGACUUUGCAACCAUCAACCCGGCGUAUGCUACAAAGAAGACGCGGUAUGUUUAUGCCGGGAUGGUAGGAGAAAUGAGGUGGGAGGGGGUGGUGAAGCUAGACUUAUUAUUAUCUGGUGAUGGUGAUGAAUGCACGGUGGCUAGCCGGGUGUACGAGCCAGGGUGGUGCGGAGGCGAGCCAUUCUUCGUGGCGAGCAACAGAUCUACAACGACAGACGAAGAGGAAGAGGAAGAUGAAGACGAAGACGAAGACGACGGUUACUUGGUAACGUAUGUGCACGACGACAAGUGUAAUGAGUCGAUGUUUCUGGUAAUGGAUGCACAAUCGCCGACGCUGGAGACGGUGGCCGCCGUGAAGCUGCCGCAUCGGGUUCCCAACGGCAUCCACGCCAUCUUUUUACUCCCAACGCAACUUGAUGCCUUGCAUUGAUCAAUGCCACUCAUCCCUACUGGCUAAUUAAUUAAUUAAUUAAGCUGCAGUACUGAAGGCGCAUGCAGCCAUGAAAUGAAAUAACUAUAUACACAUAUUCAGACCAUACUGUAGUCUGUGGAUAUAUACGGUACUAUAUACGUUCUUCAAAUUAUUUCCAAAACAAAAUUAAUAAUGUCCUCUCAUCAUCAUUUAACAGUUUUGGACAAGUGUGGGGUGGGGUUGUGGUCAGUUUCCACAUAGGCAACUGCACCCCACGCCACGAUUCAUUCAUUCAUCACAGAUAACAACAUGUAUGUGUCAAAAUAAUUGAACUUAGCUACAGAUAUUUAUUACUCCUAUAUUAUACUAGUAUUUU